AGAAGGAGAGUAACUCGGAGCAGAAACUCAUUGUAAUAAUGAUGUUAAAAAUACAUUCACUAUCACGGCCGUCGUAUAACGACUUCUACAUACAGGAAAAGUAUUCUGGGCUCACAAAAUCAAGGUUGAAAACAUAUUCGAACGAAAUUCAAAACUCGACUGCACACCUGACUUUAGAGACAAGUACAUGAACUCGUGUUUGUUUUUUUACCAUUCAUUCUCUGUCUGUGUGAACUGCAUGUGAACUUUGAGAGAAGGAACAUUCGUCUCUCAAACGAGUUAAAAUGCCGUUAUCAUCAAAGACCCCCAGGGCCCUGUCGGACAUCUUUGAAAGUCCCAGUGACGAUGAAGACUUCCUGGGUUUUGCAAUGUCAGUGCCCAGUGACAGCGAAUCAGACGACAGCAGGGGCAGCCUUGACUCUGGGAAGCCGGUUGUGCGUUUCAGGUCAAAGUUUGUGACCACAGAGUUGGUAAGUCUGUUCAGCCAUUCAGACAGUGAGGGGGAGGGCUUUGGUGAGGAAGAGAACAGAGGGUUCAGAAGCAGGAUGAAGGCUAUGUGCGUAGCGGAGGAGAGUGAUGAAGACACAGGUUUCUACUCCGAGGGGGAGGAGCCAGAGACACACACGAGAAGGAGUCUCUGUGUUGCCUUUAGGUUUCCCACCAAAAGACUCUCUGCCAAGAAAGGGGAGGCACCAAAGAAACCCCAGCCAAUCACUACCGCCACUCCGAAGAGGACAACCAAUGAAAAGGAGCAUCUGAAAAGGGGUGUGUCUCAGGUGUCCCGUGGGAUGGUGACACGGGGUCAGAAACAGCCUCUAAAAAAAGAGGAGGUUGAGUCUCCAGUUCUAAAUAAACGAGCCAAGAACAUCCAGGAGAACAAGGCCAUGUUGGCCAAGCUGUUUGCUGACCUGACCAACAUGGCUGAACUCCCCCCCUCUACCAUGAAGAAGAGGCGUGUGAGUGAGAAGCCGACCCCUCGUAGACGAGGUGUGCAUGAGGGGGGCGAGAGGAGGAACCCAUUGCGUGCGGCCAGACCGCCAGAGAAGUUUGGGGUGGAGGAGCGGACUACCUCCCCUUCACAUAACAACAAAUCUGUGAGGACUGUCUGUGUCAGGAAACUACUGGAGGUGGAUGAUGAGCUGAGAAGAAGUGGGAAGAAGAGGAGGGCGAGCAGUGGGAAGAGGAGGAAGAUUACACAUGUUAGAUCAGUCGACGAGAUCACGGAGGAAGAGCUGGACAACGUGGCGGAAGGCGCCAAAGACAAGAUACUGGACAAGGACCACGGCAGCACUUGUCAUCAGUGUAGACAGAAGACUCUGGACACCAAGACGGUGUGUCGUAGCGGAGUAUGUUCAGGGGGCAAAGGUCAGUUUUGUGGGCCCUGUCUGAGGAACCGCUACGGAGAGGACGUACGCUCUGCCCUGCUGGAUCCAGACUGGGAGUGUCCUCUUUGUAGAGGUAUCUGUAACUGCAGUCUGUGUCGACGGAGAGAAGGACGUUGUGCAACAGGACAACUCGUCCAUUUGGCUCAACACAAGGGCCACAGCAAUGUCCAAGAUUACCUGGAGAGCAUCCAAAAAGAUCUUCGAGACUAGAGACAAGACCAGACAAGCAGACAGCUCCCCUGUUGGUCAGGACAGACAAUUACACCCUGGAGGCCCAGAGGGAGAGACCCAGCAGACAGAGGGUGUGUCUCAAUCUCUCCUUUCUCCUGAAGUUUACUCUCUUCACUACUUCCCACAAUGCAUUGGAUUUGCAGAGGCUAAAGGGAGUUUCCACCAAAUGUCUUAUACCAGUCAUUUCCCUACAAAUCAAUGGAUGGAAGUGAACAAGUGCACACUUUGGGCAGAAGGAGAGAUAAUUAGGACGUGGUCAUACUAACACACAGAAUUGUUCUGCUUUAGUACUGCCACAGUUCACUCGAGUCCAUUUUGGAUCUCUAGAUGGUCUAGAACAGUGUUCCUCAAUGACUGCCACAUCCCUCUAACACCCUAUUUAAUCACAGUCAUGUUCAGUAGGGAGACAAUGUUUUGAAACAGGAGGUAGUACCUGACAUUUUCCAGUAAGAACAUGUAAUUACCAUUUAUUGUUGCAAAAUAUUUUGCUACGGUGUACACUACUGAAUAUGACCCAGGAAAACCAUAACUUGUGGAUCCCUGCAACUAAAAAGAUUGAGCAACACCGGUCUAGAUGGAUAUCUGUGGUUCCAAGACUGUGUUUACACGGGCAGCCCAAUUCUGAAAUCAUAUUUUUAUGCAACAGCCGUCAGGCAGUGGAGUUUAACUUUUUAUUAGACCUUGGAUGUGUCGGAGGGUACAGACAACCACUGUUAAAUUCAAUACCUUUUUAAUUUGGGGAAUAAUGUUUACUAAAAAUGUUUGCUAAUGUUUGCUAUGCUAAUGUUUGCUAAAUUAGCAUAGUUUGAGUUUACACCUAUUUUACCACUGCAUCCCUAGUAGUAAGACAUGGUUUACCUUUUACUGAAAGGAACAGAACAUAUUCCCUUAUAGACCAUAGCCAAUACAAUUGGACCUAUGGGAUGUAUAGUGUACUGUUUACUACACUGUUUUAAUGGGUUUUUUCCCUUCUAUAUGGAGUUGGUUUUAAGACUGCUUCUGAAAGUGGACACUGUAUGUUGAAUCUGAAAUAAAGAACUGAAGUUCAAAUGUUUA